UAUUUAGCAGCUCGAAAGAAGACCGAUGUCGUGCUUCUCAUAAUUAAAGCCAAAAACGUUGCCGUGCACUGGCUUGUUUAUUAUUGUUUUGUUUAUUGAUUGUUUGCUUUUCAUCGUCAAAAAGUCGAAAUUUGUGAAUUUUUUUUAAAUUCGCGUUUUCAAGACAAUAAAGUGUGAAGCGUUGUACAAUUUGGUGGAUAUAUUUGUAUUAGUGAAAUUAAGUAAAAAAUUGAAUAUGGAUGAGAUAAUUCACGAGCUUAUGGAUGCUCCUGAAAUAACGUUGAAUAUAACGGAAUUUAAUCCAGAGUUUAUAAUUUUAAAUGAUCGCAGUGAUAAGUCGUCGAGUGGUGUUUGGAAGCAUUUUGGUGCAAUAAAACUUAAUGACGCCGUUGAUAAGAAGCAUGUCUACUGUACGCAUUGCUUCGGUAAUCAAAGAAUAAAAAAAUAUCAACGAUCCACAUCGACGGGCAAUCUAAGCAAACAUCUGCGAAAACAACACAAUAUUUCAUUGAAUCAAACAUUUCGUGUGAAAAAAGACCCCGAUAAUACAAUACAUUUGAUCAAAGAAGAUGCAGAUGAAAGCGACGUUGUGGAUGAAGGAAGUGAUGAAUUUUUGGUGCACGAUAUCAAUGAGAUUUUGAUAUCGGAAGUGGCAAAAAGACCGUUGUUGUACAAUCCGCAAGCCGUUCAAGAGAAAGGUUCAAAACAUACCAGGCGACGUGAACAAUGGGAAGAGGUGUAUGGCGCCUUAAAUCAUUUGAUUCCAAUUGCAAAGUUGCCGAAAGUCUGGAAAAAUAUUCGAGAUAGAUACCAUAAAGUUCGGCGGGCAGCCAGCGAACACGGAGACGCUAAACCAAAGUAUCGCUACUAUGAACAUCUAAGAUUUUUGGAUUCGAUUAUUGAUGACCAACAUUCAACAAAAUACGAACAAAUUGAAGAGGAGGCUGAUGUUGAAGAAUAUCUUACCAUUAGUGGUGAUCAUGAUCAUUACAUUUCAUCGGAGACAAUCGUACUGCAAAAUGAAAGUGUCGCAUACGAAGAAGAAACUACAUGCGAACCGGUCACCAAAAAACAAAAAUUAUCGCCAAAAAAGCAACAAACAACGUAUAAAAUCAUCACAGAAGAAAUGAAACCAGGGAAAAAUAUUACAAUAUCGUCCAGUAACAUAAUUGAAGAAUCGUAUGUGAAUGCGACAUCCAAUGACCUUUUCACGUCGUUUGAAGAGGAACUGGUCACAGAUGAUAUCAACAUCAACAAACAAAGUACGUUGAUAAAUCAAGGAACAAAUAUUGAGACGAUAUCGAGUGUUCCGGUGUCAAAUCCAGCGGUAAAACAAGACGAAUUCAAUUUCUUUGGAAAUUUUGUGGCCGAAGUAAUGCGAAACAUGCCCAAACAAAAGUCGAGAACGCUACAAAUGAGUAUUAUGACAUUAAUUCGAGAUGCUGAGAAUGAAAGCUAACCAUUAUUUUAUUUUAAAUCAUUUUAAACACUUUGUAUGCCAGACUGUUCAAAAUAUGCAUUAUAUACAUCCUUUUGUGUGUAGGAUGUACAAAUUUAUUUUAUUUUU